AUGCCAGGACCAAAAGAAGCGAGCACUGACAGUAUGAACAAUUACUUGAAGCCACUUGUUGACAAAUUGCUUGAACUGUACAAUGGUGUGAAGAUGUCCGAUAAUAGCAAUGAAAAUAUAACUGUCCGUGCCGCAUUAAUGUGUGUUGCAUGUGAUAUUCCUGCUGCAAGAAAGACAUCUGGAUUCACAGGACAUGCAAGCAUAUGUGCAUGCCACAAGUGCCAACGUCAGUUUACCAUGAUACCCGAGACCACCCAGGUAGACUUCUCUGGAUUUGAAUAUUCCACAUGGAUCAAACGUACAAAGGCCAGAAAUCUGGAUUAUGCCAAUAAGUGGAAGGAAGCCAAAAAUGCAGCUGAGCGUACCCGACUUAAAAGAAGCAAUGGCACUCGAUGGUCUCAACUUCAUUUGCUUACAUACUUUGAUCCUGUUUGGUGUACAAUCAUUGACCCUAUGCACAAUCUCUUUCUUGGAACUGCCAAGCGCAUGGUGCAGAUUUGGAAAGAGCUAGAGUACUUUGACAACCAAGCUCUGUUGGCCAUGCAAGAUCUGGCAAAUGGUGUUGUUGUUCCACCUGACUAUACACGUAUCAACAAAAAGAUAGCUGAUGGAUUUUCUUUCAUGAAAGCUGACGAGUGGAAAUCGUGGUGCCUUAUUUACUCUCCUUUUGUUCUGAAACGCAUUCUUCCAGUGAAGCAUCUUUCCAACUGGAUGUUUUUUGUGAAUGCUUGCCGUUUAUCACAAAACCCUCUGUUACUCCUGACGACAUAUCCAGUGCCUAUGCCCAUCUCCAAUAGUUCUAAUCUCGACACAAAUCAAAAGGGUGGAUUCGAAGUAACUAUGAUGAAGCGUUUCUUGGAAAAGGCGUACGUUGGCAACUACAUCCAAUCUUUUGAAAAGAAAUUCCCUGCAAGCACAGUUAAUUUUCUACAUAGCAUCACUCGCAGUCAAGUUAUUUUAGAGCAACCUUCUUCAAUGAGCAGCUCAUUUAUAUUGUCCACAUUUGUUGAAUACUCUAUGAAUCCUCGAAAAUCAGUUAUGGGAUGUGAACCUUUGCCAUCAGAUGUGCUGUCAUUCAAGGUCGAGCCAAAAAUUGUCAUGUGCAAAGAGCAUUACGAGUUAAUUUCUAACGGUACAGCUGUUUCUAUUGGUUUAGAGUUCCAAUUUUAA